GAGCUAGUAGAGAAAUGAGAAUUAUAUUUAGCUUGGUUUAGUUUAAUCUACUUAUUGGCAAAUUAUUCAAACUGCUGUUGGCAUUGCUGUUGGUUAACCGUCGACGCCGACGAGGUAUUAUUAAAGACGAACGGCCAAAGACAAAUUUUUCUUUAAACUCAAGUGUGCCCCCCGGGGAUAAUAGAAUUGAUAUUACCAGUCGAAUAUCUAUACAGAAAACCAAUCAGAAAAUUGCAUUUUGCUACCAAGUGCUACACUUGCUAGUACUCGAUACAUAGCUAAAUGCAACUUCUGAUUGGUUUCUGCCUUUCCAUGCGUAAAUGUGAAUCCUCUCCCUUAGGGCCUAUCCCCAGACCAACUUGCAUGCAAAAUUAUUCAAUCGAUUCAAUUCAAUUACAAAAACACACGUAAAAUGCGAUAAUUUUUUAAAUGCAUAUGAUUAUGCAGCUAUGUAAGUUUGUUUGGAUAGGUCCUUACUACAUACUUUCAUUGUAGGCGGCCUUAAUCUUUCGCGCAGCACUAAAUUGUCCAAUCCUCUUCAGAUGCCGCGGCAACAUACGACGCAGUAGCCAAUCGUUCAACAGGAGCCACUCAGAUUUCUUCUAAAAGAAAACGAAGUAGCGAUUGGUUAUUGCGUGGAUCAACAUGUUAUAUUAUUCCCUAGCAAUGCCGAGCUGUUUCACGUGUAACUUUAGCUAAAUAAAUUUAAAACGUUAUUAAGGAAAAUUUUUACAGUUUGUGGAAUAUAUAUGUAGGCUUGAAAUUCAUUGAAAUCACGCUUAACUACGACGGUUAAGAGCGAGAUAAGAUAUCAGAUAAAAUAUUAUCAUUGAUGAUCGAGAAAACAGAUAAUUAUUUUAUUUUUAGAGAGCUUAAGCUUCUACUCUCCUCCACUUUUCGCCCUUUUCGGCCGAAUCGAACGGAAAUGAAAAUUCUCUAGAAGAAAUGUAUAUGUGUGUAUGUAGUACAUACAAUACGUGCACAGUUGCACACCGACAAUCUAGAGGAUAAAAAUCUGUGGCAGUCAUUGAAUGUGCCCUCUCAUAACCUCCAAGUCUGUAUUUUCGCAUUUGUAUCUUCGCGAGAUAAUACGAAGCGACAAGUUUGCUAGCCUUAUUCGGAUUCUGCACAGCCAAUUGUUCAUUCACACUUAGAGAUUUAAUCGAGAUCGGUAAGAGUAACAAGUAAUUUUUGUAAAUUGAAAUGCUUUUCUUAGAAUUUCAGGAGCGAGGAGAAGGAGGGUAACGCGUUAUCAGCAACAGAUGCUGCUUGCACACGAAAGACCGCGUCAACACACCGUACAGUCAAGAAUGCGAUCAAUGCUUUAUAAAUUCGCCAAGAUUCGAACUAGAAAUCACCACAAGUUAUACAUCCAUAUAAAGUGUGGGUCAUGCAGACCACUUGCAGAGUAAUGUAAUGAAUAGCUGUGGGAACUCUAAUACUAGCACGAGGCUACGUGGUUCCAAGUGUGUCGAGACUCAAGACGAGUCUAUAAAUCAGGGAGGGGAAAUAGAGAAAGAGGACAUUGGCGUGAUAAGUGAUUACAGUGUAAAUGACCUUAAUGUACCACGCAGCACCUUGGUCAUUUGUCAGCGAAACUCCAACUACUCUUCAGAUCACAGCUUUGCUAGAUUUAAGCCAAGACUUAGCGGUGUUCCAAGAAAUGAAUUUCGAAUGGCGCGUGGCGGCAGCUCUUCAGAUCGUGCCAGAGGUGGAACACGUGGGAGAGCUUUUAAAAAGACACUUAAUGAUCGCGAAUCAAAUUCAGAGUCUAGCUAUCACUCUACAUCUAGACCCAAGUUUCAAGAAUCGUUGAAAAAUCAUGAGAAUGCGCAGGGCAAAUAUUAUGACGAUAAAAGAAUAAAUGAGGACUCGAGAAUUUCCAAGCUUUUACGGCGAUUGUGUCGCGAAGAUGAUUAUGAUCAUCUCAUGGUACUUUGCAAACAAGUGCAGGAAGGUAUCGUCGCACCUGAAAAUCAACGAUAUAUACGACGGAACUUGGAGACUAUCUGUGAAAGUCUGUUAGAUUUCUUGCAUUCUGGUCCUAGUCAGGAGGCAAAGCAGCAGGUUGCAAAAUGUUUGGGGCGAAUUGGAUAUGUGGUAGAACAAGAUUUUAAAAGGUAUAUGGACUGGAUCUUUAAUAAAUACUCGUUGGAGCAUAAAGAUGAUGUGAAAUGCCUAUUAAUGAAGUCACUUAUCGAGACGCUUAAGAUGGAUUCUGAGAUAUCCAAAUUAAAAGAAUUCUCCGUGCCGAUGAUGUCUCAAGUACAAUCAAUAUUAGAAAAUGUCGAUAGAGCAGACUUAUUAGUGGCGACUGUGGAUGCUAUAUUACUCAUCAUAGAUUCCUAUCCAGAGACGUUUACAAACCAUUUUCGCGAUACGGUAGACAUACUUGUGGGUUGGCACAUUGAUUCCACGCAACAAAAGUCAGUUGUCGUUUACGCGAGCCGAUGUUUGCAAAAAUUGCGCUCGUUUUGGAUAGCGGACCUGCAGUUUACUCUGACGUUACUAGGCCAAUUCUUGGAGGAUAUGGAGAGUUAUGACGAGGAAUUAAAUUUACCCGAAUCUGGUCGUACUUCACCUGGCGAUGACGGAUCCCCGACACCGAGAGAAUGUAUUCUGCGGAUUACAUCAUUAAUAUCCGUCUUUAAUACAGUAACGAAGAGCAUAGCCGAGCAUUUAAAUCCGAAUCUUGCACCCAACGUACAAUGGUCUUUUCUAACGAAUUGUUUAUCGAAGAUGCUAAAGACCGUUGUUAAAACGAUCGAAUUGGAAGAAGAAACUGAUACUUGGCUCAAAAUAGUCAAUACGGAAAAUUUGAUGAAAUAUAUAAGAAACAUGAGCUCGUCGCAAAAACAUGUCGAGAUGCUUUCCAAAUAUUUUAGUAAAGACGAGAUUACCGAGGAAAAUCUUAUUAAGAUGAUGAAGUCACUGGCUAUAAAUAAGAUAAAUGACAAGAAGAAUUCUAAAAAAAUAGCUUCUGACAAAGAAAACGCUUUGCCUUUGUCCAAGGAAAAAGAAGAGUUACUAAUGAAUGUAUUGCGAUCGAUGGAACCGAAAGUGAAACAGAUUGAAAACUUGUCAGAAGAAAAGGAAGAAUUGAUCGUAGUCGCGAAUGAAUGCGCCUUCUUGCUCCUUGGUCAUCUUCAGAGUCGCGUAGCAAAGAACCACGAGCUCCUCUAUAAAUUUAUCGAUCUUCAAUUACAGAGAGUUAAUAUUUUUUGGGACGAUACUAUUAUUUCCAUGUUGGGCAUCAUAUCAAAAAUAAUAAAGGAGGUAUCCGCGAACUUACCAUUGGAAUUGGUGCACACGUUGCUCGGCAAGAAUUCGACGUUGCUGAAAUUAAGAUUCCGAAAUUCCAUUACCAUUCAAAACGCGAGUCUCGGGGUAUAUCACAGUCUUCUAAGCCUGAAGAAUAUUCCACUAUUGCAGGAAUCUUAUCGCUAUAUAUUAGCGGAUUUGGAGAUCGCUUACAGGCUUAUACUACCUGAUAUGGCUGUCUUGGUCGUAGACAAUCCGUUAAACGAUUUGAGAUACACGAAAGGUGACGUUGAGAUUGUAGUUACAUUCGUGCUACGUGCGCUUUCGGACAUAGCAAACGCAAGUAAUUCGAUUAUCGGAAUGUGGGCCUUGAAGCCCAGUAUCUUGGAACUUCUCGCAGUUAAGUUAAAACCAUACGACACUGCACUGUCUACGGCGAGUCCGUUUUUGCAAUAUAAUAUUCUGCAUCUGCUCUAUUCACAUUGUUCCAGGUACAACCACUUCGUUCCAAGCUCCAGUUUGAUAACAGGUACCACCGUUUGUCGCCCGAUGGAUAUGUUUCCCGGGACUUUGGAUGUACCAACCACGUCACCAGCCAGUGGCCAUUUGUCUAUAAUUCUCAAUUUGAUAGCAAAGACAUACAACAAGAAUACGCCCGCAUGCACUUUGCUCCUUUUGUCCACUUGGUUGCAAGAGAUUUGCGUACAGUCCGAAAAAUAUAUCGGAAUCUUGAGCGAAACUCAGGAGUGCCAAAGUAUCAUUGCGAGUUUAAUCGAUUGCGGCGCUACGACCAAUGACGAGAUCGCAAGCGCGGUAUGCAAUCUCUUCGAAAUGUUAAUGACCGCGAAGAAUGUCAUGUGGAAACAAGAGACUUAUUCGAGUAUCGUGGAUCUAGCGAUGUUGCAUUUGACCUCGUGCAACAAAAGGAUCUGCGAAAAAUACGGCGCCCUGCUAAUGUGUAUGCCCGUUAAUAUUGUCAUAUCGAAAUUAAACAAACAGUAUUUAUUUUCAGACACCAAGAAGGUACGAGAGAUUGUAACUUAUUCGACAGAAUCGUUGAUUCUCGCUCAAAGAUUGCACAUGCGAGGUAACAACAAUGGGGAAUUGCUGGCGCAACAUUUCAAAACGUAUAUGGCGUUCCUACUACAAGAACAUUAUCUUGAUACAUCCGGGUUGUCGGAAAUAUUUACUUUGUGCUGGCCAGCCGUACCGGAGAACGAAACUACGGCGAGGAUGUAUGCUUUGGCGCUGGCUAAUUGUUCGUUCCUGUUUUUCUGGAGCGGUUUCGAGGCGGCGCAACACUGCGUCCUCAACAAGCUUCGCACUUCUCUCGGGAAGCCGCAGGAGACAUUUACUUCGAUCGAGAGCGCCCUGAAGAUUCUAGCUCGCGAGAUAUCGUGCCACAAUGUGAUCGACGUGGUGAAGAGGCAGCAGGGAUUGGAGAGGCAGCAGGGAUUAGAUCGUAUUUUGCACGAGCACACGCGAGUGCGGCUCUUCGUCGAAUUUCUGGAACAUCUGGAGAGGGCGAUUCACAAUGCGGCCGACGGUUGCGCGAUGGCGCUCUUGCCGCUGUCAAAACCGGUGAGAACCUUCUUCCAUACGAACAAGUCAACGUGUAAGGAAUGGCUGAAUCGCAUACGAUUGGCUUUGUGCGUGGUCUCGUUGCACUCGGGUCUGGCGACGAGUGCGCUGCGAAACGGCCAGAGGUUACUGGAGGAUCUGAGCAAUGCCGAUAAUACGCAAGGCAUCGAGUUCGAGAGGGCAACAUUGUGGACGGCACAGGCGAUGGUCGUGCUCGGUGAAGCGGAGGCAUUGCAGGGACUCUACGUGUACACCAGGAGCAAGGACAGGCAAUUUCCGUGGCUGAAAGCGGCGAUGGAGGAGGCCGCAGGACGUUACGAGUCAGCGACGGAUGUCUACAGGCAGAUCAUCGUUGAUGAUCAUGCUCAUGUUAAAAUCUCGAAAGACGACGAUGAGAGCUGCAGAGCCGCCGCGAGACUCGAGAGCGACAAUCAAGUGCUGGGCUUUUGCAUGCAAAGACUUUCCCACUGUUAUAAAGCGGUCAGCGACUGGUCCGGAUUAGUGGAAUGGAAAUCACGAGAGACCGAGAUGCUGGCGCAAGACAAUUACGCUGCCCUGAGAAGGCAGCAGAUCACCGAGAGCAUCGUUCCGCAGCAGGCGGAUUGUUUGAAAAAGUUCGAGGAGGGCGAAUUGGUCUCCUUUGACGAGUUGAUGAAUUGGAACCUACUGGACGAGGAGAAGAAAAGUAGUUGGAGCUGCGCGAAAACGUUGGUGGCUUGCAGCAACAGUUUGACGAACGUCGCGCUCAAGAUUCGCCUCGCCAACGGCGAGAACGGCCUCGACGACUCUUUUGAUGGCAGCGAGAUUAUCGAAAGAUGUCAAAAGGUCGCGGCCAAGAUGAUGCAGGACGGAUUGCGAAACAUGCCGUCGGAGUAUCUCAGUGACGCUAUACUGCUCCAGUAUUCCGCGACGGGGUUGAAGAAUUUAUCGCGCGGCAAAAAGAAUAAGAACGUUUUCGAAUUGUACAAGGUUGAUAAAGUUAAUAAUAUCAAUUCGAGUAUUUUAACGCAAGUCUUGUGGUGGUCCGAGUAUCUGGGGCAAACGUGCGACAGCGGCUCUACGGAGGUGGACAGUUUACGAUUACAUGUUAUCAGAACGGCCAGGAAAGAAGGCAACUUUAAUUUAGCGAAACGAGAGAUGGUCAAGUAUUUGAAAUCGGAGCAAGAUUUGAUUCGACUCAAAAAUUCGACCGCUUGCACUUUUACCGAGAUCACAAGCAGCAUGCUGAACGAUGGGCCUGUCCAUGUGAAAUGGACCAAGAGCAGUAUGCGGGCGUUCAGGGAAUUAUCAAAAUUAUUAUAUGACAUGGAGAACACGAACGAGGCUUUGCGAAUGUGCUGUGUGACCGCGCUGGGAAUCUCGCAGGCGAUCGUCAGCGGCGAGCAGUCGGCCGAUUUACGGGAUACGGGAACCAAGCUCUUGCUUACCCUAGGUAAAUGGAUACAGCAGGACACAAACGUGAACGAAAAUCCUCAGCUGGAGGAAUUGCUCAGGUUCGAAGCUAUGCACAACGAUGGCUUGAUGGACAAACUGUUUGGCGAGACGAUCGAUCUGAUUCCUACGUCGGACAUGAUAAUCGGUAAACUGAUGCAACUUGGCGUGAAUCAGUGUCCGGACUUGCCGCGCGCCUGGUCCAGUUUCGCCGCCUGGUGCUACAAGUGGGGCCGGAAGAUCGUCGACAAUUCCAAUUCUGGUCAAUUAACGGAUACCGACCGGAUAAACAUACAGUCCUUAUUGCCGAUGGACAUAGCCGAAACUGAACUCGACACAAUUUUCUCUAUAUUAAGCCAGAAUAAGACAAUACCCGAGGACGAGGGCGAUAUCGACAUGAACGAUAUAAAUACAUCCGAUAUGAUAGAGACUCAGUUGAGGAACGUGUCGGUCCUAAGUCACGUCAGUAAUGAACAUCUCGGUAUGCUGGUCGACAUUUGGCGACAGGCACAGAAGAGGAUCUAUUCGUAUUACGAACUUUCGGCGAACGCGUACUUCAAAUAUCUGCAAUUGGCGAAUAACGACGAUAGCAACGAGUGCGACACCAUCACGGCAACGUUGAGACUACUGCGACUCGUGGUGAAACACGCUCUGGAAUUGCAAAACGUCCUUGAGGCCGGUCUCUCGACGACCCCGACCGCACCAUGGAAGGAGAUUAUACCGCAGUUGUUUUCGAGGCUCAGUCAUCCCGAGGCGUACGUGAGGACUCAGGUAUCCGAGCUGUUGUGCCGAGUGGCAGAAAAUACGCCGCAUUUGAUCAUGUUCCCGGCCGUGGUGGGCGCGGUGUCCGGCCAGAAGAAGAUUUAUGACAAGGUCGUUUACGAGAAACCCGACGAUAGUGACAACAACUCGCAGAAUAAUGAUAUAGAAUUGAACGAAGGCGAAGAGGAGACGGCAGCGCAGCAAGCAAUUGCGUGCAACGAUCAACAACACGAGAGUUUCAUGGAUUCCUAUUUCUCGCAAUUGGUCGAUUGUCUCUCGAAUCGCAUACAAGAUUCGGUAGUUCAAGUGAAGGUGCUAGUGAAGGAGCUCAGACGAAUCACGUUGCUGUGGGACGAGCUGUGGUUGGCAACGUUGUGUCAACAUCACACGGAGAUUACCAAACGAUUUGAGCAGCUGGAGAUUGAGAUUCAGCGGGUGCAGGACAAUGUCUGGCUUACGCUCGAAGACAAGGAUAAAUUGAUCGCGGAGAAGCAUAGGAUCAUUUUGAAACCGAUUACAUUUAUACUAGAGAAUCUGCUGUCUAUGACGUCCGUACCUGCCGAGACGCCGCACGAGAAAACCUUUCAGGAGAAAUUUGGUGCUUCCAUAGAGGAAGUGAUAAAUCGACUCAACAAUCCCAAGAAUCCGGCAAAGCCUCAAAUGGCAAGUUUGGCCUUGAAGCACUUGGAAACCAAGUUGGCGCAACGCGUGCACCGACGAGCCGCUUAUUCUCUGUCAAUGACGGACAUUAGUCCUGUCCUGGCCAAUCUCAAGGACACUCGCAUUGCCAUGCCGGGCGUAGCUGCCAUCGAUAAUAGGAACAUUGUCACCAUCAUGUCGGUAGACAAUAACGUUCAGAUUCUACCGACGAAGACAAAGCCGAAAAAACUGAUAUUCCACGGAUCCGAUGGUCACGUUUAUACGUAUCUGUUUAAGGGACUGGAGGACCUGCAUCUGGAUGAGAGAAUAAUGCAAUUCCUGAGCAUAUGUAACACCAUGAUGUCAAAGAAUAGCGAUACCAAGGUUUAUAGGGCGCGCCAUUAUUCGGUGAUUCCAUUGGGCCCUAGAUCCGGUCUCAUUCAGUGGGUCGACGGCGUGACGCCACUGUUUAUACUCUACAAGCGAUGGCAGCAGCGUGAGUGUGCUGUCAUCAGCAAGACUAGUGGCGGCAAUUCUACGAUUAUGCGACCGUCAGAGUUGUUUUAUAACAAGUUGACACCGUUACUCAAAGAGUGCGGGAUCGGUUUGGAGAAUCGCAAGGAGUGGCCUAUUCACGUACUGAAAAAAGUCUUGGAGGAAUUGAUGAGGGAGACUCCGAAAGAUCUACUAGCUAAAGAGAUUUGGUGUAACAGUAUCAACGCCGGCAGCUGGUGGCAAGCUACCAAGAACUACUCGUAUUCCGUUGCGGUUAUGUCCAUCAUUGGUUACAUCAUAGGUUUAGGCGACAGACAUUUGGACAAUGUUCUCGUUGAUCUUAACACCGGCCAAGUUGUGCACAUUGAUUACAAUGUCUGCUUCGAGAAAGGAAAAACUCUACGUGUCCCGGAAAAGGUGCCAUUCCGCAUGACACCAAAUAUCAAAACGGCUCUAGGAGUAACCGGAGUCGAGGGUAUAUUUAGGUUCGCUUCUGAGCAUACUCUAAGAGUGAUGCGUAGAGGCCGCGAGACGCUGCUGACUUUGCUGGAAGCGUUCGUCUACGAUCCUUUGGUAGAUUGGCGGGCGGGUGCGGACACCAGCAUAGCAAGUUACGGCGCUUGCCAGGCCAGAGCGAGAUGCACCGGCGUUGGAAGGAAACAACUGGAGCAGGAGCUCACGCGUGCAAUGUUUGCAGUGAGAACGGCGGAGAUGCGCGCCGAGUGGCUGGCUAAUCGAGACGAAUUGGCUAAAACUUUGCCGCUACUGUGCCAUCACUUGAACAGUUGGAUCGAGGCGACCGAAGCAUCGCGUCAAUGUCAGGAUUUACUGCAGGACCGACAUCAGCAGCUCGGGCUAGUGAAGGAGGCGCAGGCGAUCGGUCGGAAUCAUGCGUUAUACUCGGUAGUGAAGCGAUACAAUUCGUUCAAGCGUGCGCGAGACUCUCACGAGAAGGCAAAGGCAGACUUGAAGGAGAAGAUAGAAGAGUGUGAGAAACAGAUUAAUAUGCAUAAUAUCGCGCUGGCCGCCGUGCGAGGAUCCCAAUUAGGACAGUGGCAUGCGGAAUUGGGAGCCUUGGCCACUCAACAAGAUCACGUAGUGUUCGACCUUGUGAAGGAGUUUCUGCAGAACGCCGGACAAAGUCAGAUGAUAGUGCAAUGCGAGCAGUCGGAGAACGAGCUGAUGCAACUGGCCACCGACCAGGCUUUCUCCAUAACCAAAUGUAUAGAUCUGUUGACUCAAUAUUCCGCCAUCUGCAACCUAUACCCUCUUAGUAUUCUGUCGCAACAUCGUACCGUGCUCUAUCACACUUGGGCGAACGAGCUGUUAGCCUCGGGCACCGUCGAGGCGUGCCGUGAGGUCAUGGCGCGAUUCGAAGCGAGUUUAAAUCCAAUCAAUCCAAGCAAUCCGAGCAUUCAGCAGAUAAUAACUUUCUCGUAUCAGAUGGAAGCGAUCUUGAACGAAUAUAGUGAGAGAUACAAGAAAGCUUACGAGAGGAUGAUAUCCGAAGGCUUGCCGGAAGCCAAGAAUAGAAUCGAGAAGGCGUACACGGAGUCAAGGGCGCAAAUUACGGGAUUUCUGCGGCGAGAGAAAGGCGCAGAGAGAGCAUUCGAAUGCGUCAAUAUCACUGCGCUAUGCGCCUUAAACAAGCGGUACCUGAUGAUGGAGGGCGCUGCCAAAUGCGCCGGAGAUUGCUUGGUGGAUCUUACGUCCCGCGAGGGAGACUGGUUUCUCGACGAGAUGCGUCUGAUGUCGUCAUUGAUUGCCGAAUUGGUCACGUUGAUACCACAGAGUCACAAGACGAACAAUGAUCCCAAGAUUCCGCUGAUACUCAAGUGUCUGAAAAGCGCCGAUUGUAUUUACAAAGGUUUGCAAGAACUCAAUUACAACUUCCAAACCAUUAUAUUGCCGGAAGCGAUGAAGACCAUCAUCACGGAGGAGCCGAGCGUGAUGCGGAUGAUAAACGAACUCGGCGAGAUCAUAAUACUGACCGGAAUACCGCUCGGUGAUAUUCUAGCGCAGCUCGAGAUGCAUCUUCGAUUCACCGUCAUGGAGAUGGAGAGCCCGCAUGCGGUAGUACAGAGUAUAGUGACUAACAUGAGAGUACGAUUCGAGGCAUUACUAUCGCGACAGGCGGAAGUUCAGGAUUUGAGCCAGGAGGAAACUCUAACGCCAGGUCAGAUGUUGCUAAUGGGGUUCAACGGUUUGUUUGAGAAACUGCAAAUGGAAGGUAACACUUUGGUGGCUACCCUGAGCGCUUUGGACAUCCCGACGAAUUGGAAGAAGAUUGAUCAGAUACGCGAGGCUAAGGAGAUGUCGGCACCCAUCUUCAACAAGGCUGCCCGACAAGUUCUCGAGGAUAUAUUUCUGAUCAAGAGGUUGCACACGAUACAAGAGUUCUUCAUGAUGUGCAGGGACAUUGCUAUUGCGUUCAAGGGCGGAUUGGCGAACGUGUAUGACGAUGAACGGCUUAACAAGCCUGUCCGAGUGUUCACGGCCGAUUACGUUUCAAGGCAAUUGCUCGGGGUGACGUCACAGACAUUAGCGAUCGCCCUGUGUUUCCUGUUGCAGCGAACGGGCUUGAAUGUAACUACCGAGAUCGAGCAGAGAGAUAUUGGAGCGGAGAGCAAGGUCUCGCUGGAGGAGUUGUGUCGGAAGAUGGUGGAUCUGUGCGUGAAGAGAGGAUUAUUCUCAGGCUCGGUCUUGACGCAAGCGAGCACGUUGAAUAGCACUUUGGAAAGUGCCUGGCGACGAAAACAGGCUGCUGGAUUGGCGGAGCAGAGCGCCGAGGUAGUAAAAGUCAGUCUUCACAGACUUCAAGUUCAGCAGACAGCUUAUCAUUGGUUGCACGAGGAUAUUCUAAUGAUGAGGCCCAAUAUGAAUCCAAUGAAUCCAAUGAGCCCGAUGCAUCCCAUGAAUCAUAUGAAUCGCCCUACCUUCAUGCUCGAGUUACGAAAAAAGGCGGCGACACUGUCCAAUUUACAGUCUCGAGUAUGCGAAGCACGUGAGCAACAACAGAAUCUCGUUUCGAGUGCUAUACAACGUCUCAAGUGGGCUGCCGGCGCCAAUCCAGCGCUGGGCGAAGUCAUGUCCGCAUUCGACAACGCGGUGUUGUCAUCAUCCGAUAAGUUGACUAGACAGCAUAAUUUAGCCGCGAUGGUAGUUAAUACGUGCAAUUCCAUACUGCACUACGAGGCCCUGAGAACUAGGACGUCGGAGAGUGUGACGCACGACGCUAAUCUGGUCAAAUUGAUCAGGCAUUGGGAGGAGAGCUGUAUACUGACGGUCAAUCUCAACAUCACCGUUACCAUGACGGAGGAGAGUCUCGUGCGACUGCUGCAGCUAGAAAACAAUGUGGACGCCACGUGGUUGAAGCAGGCUGAGAAAAUGGUGUCCGAGGCAAUAAUCGACACCCAGAAGAAGCUGCAGGAGAAACAAGAGGCUCUCUUCACGGCCGAAGACUAUUUGAGGGAGCGAGUGAUGAAUCUGCAGAACGUACUCGCCGAGCAUCACCGACUAAUGUCGGAUGUUAGAGCGUUGCUAAAGACAAUGGCCAAGCAGGAGAACAUCGACGGUCUGCAAGACUUUCUAUUCGCUUAUCGAUCCUUCACGGAGAACAUUUCGGCGGUGGUGAAGGAACUGGAAGCCGAGAAUUUCGACUCCGCUCGCGGUAUGGCGAUGAAGGAAGAAUUGGAGGCGAUGACGAUUCAAGUGCCCAGUCUGUACAAUCAAUUACUGGAUUUUGCGAACCAGCGCAAGCUGAAUUCGGGGCUGAAGGGCGGCGCCGAGAAGCGGGCCGCGAGCCAUUUGCUGAGGAAGAGGAAGAAGAGGAAGAAGGGUAAUAAGCUGAUACGGGAGCAGGAUAGUGUAGGGCGCCUGAGCCCGAGAAAGGGGACACCGAUCCGGGCCAGAGAUCCGACUACGGGCAAGGCUGUGCAAGAACGAAAUGCCUACGCGCUGAACGUGUGGCGUCGCGUGCGUAUGAAGCUGGAGGGCCGCGACCCGCAACCGUCGCGCAAGUACACCACGGCCGAACAGGUGGAAUACGUGAUACGUGAAGCGCAGAGCAACGAUAAUCUGGCCUUGUUGUACGAGGGCUGGACACCGUGGGUCUGAACGGACGACGGUUGGCGCUCGCGCGCCCCGAUGGCUCGACACUCUUCUCACACGGUACUCAAAUUAACGUAUCGUUGUGCCUGCGUCGCUCUACGUUGCCGUAGGAAGCAAAACGCUCCGUUCGAAACCAGCUGAUCUGCGGAGUGAUCCGGGGCAGAAAUGUCAUCCGGGAAAUAAGUCGGUUUUACAGCUCGAUCGCGGCAUCGAUCUUUCCAACGCGACAAUUGAAAAUCCACUAUACCCCGAGAGUGCAGUGCCGAUUCUAUAGUUGUCUCAAAAACGAAGUUGACGCGCUUGCGAUCUGUUACAUUACAUUUAAAGAUAACGAGUGCUUCUAGCUUUUCUUUUUCUCUCCUUUUUUUUCCCCCUUGUCUUCUUUGUUUCAAAGGGAGCGAGAAUCUGAUGAAUAUAUAUGUAUGUACAAUAUUCUAUUUAUCCGAGCACGGAUAAAUAGCACUCUUUUGGGAGUCACGAAUUUUUGGGGGAAAUGUAGAAUCGGCCACACUUCAUCCAUACGCUAAUGGUGUAGUCGCGAGAAGUUCGGCUGAUGACGAUAUUGACGGGAAGUCCGAUCAUGAUGAUGUGAUGGAUGAUCGUAAAUCUCGAUCGUUGAUCGUUAUUACGAUAAAUGGUCAACAUUCACCGCAUGAUGGCACGAGCUUGCCGUCGUGUAAUGCCAUCGUGUCAGGAAAAGAAUACCUGGCAUUUUAAACGAUACAUCUGAAUCGGGUGUUGCACCGAUGUAACAUUUUAAAUCUAGAUAUACGUACGAUGUAUACGCGAGCAUACUUACCGAUUAA